AUGCUGAAGAAGUUCGAUAAGAAGGACGAGGAGUCCGGUGAGCGGCCGGGGCAGGGGUUCUCCAAUAUAGUCUGUGUGAGGGGUGGGGGGGCCCGGGCCGGGCUCUAUAUGGAGAUAUAACCAGUCAGGCCUGAGCAAGGGAGUUACCUGGGACUUCACAGCUCACCUGGCCGGUCAGCGUGUGGGUCUGUGGGACUGGCCAGGGUCAGCGUGUGGGUCUCUGGUAUCAGGGACUGGCCAGGGUCAGCGUGUGGGUCUCUGGUAUCAGGGACUGACCAGGGUCAGCGUGUGGGUCUCUGGUAUCAGGGACUGGCCAGGGUCAGCGUGUGGGUCUCUGGUAUCAGGGACUGGCCAGGGUCAGCGUGUGGGUCUCUGGUAUCAGGGGCCAGGAUGAGGGUGUGGGUCUGUGGUAUCAGGGACAGGGUCAGCGUGUGGGUCUGAGGGACUGGCCAGGGUCAGCGUGUGGGUCUGGUAUCAGGGACUGGCCAGGGUCAGCGUGUGGGUCUCUGGUAUCAGGGACUGGCCAGGGUCAGCGGGUCUCUGGUAUCAGGGACUGGCCAGGGUCAGCGUGUGGGUCUCUGGUAUCGAAAGGACUGGCAGGGUCAGUGUGGGUCUCUGGUAUCAAGGAGGACUGUCCAGGAGUCAGCGAUGUGGGUCUCUAGUUUCUGGGGACUGUGGUCAGCGUGUGGGUCUCUCUGUCGAGAACUGACAAGUCAGCGUGUGGUCUGGUAUAGCCCAGCCAGGAGUCAGGGUAUUGGUCUCUGGUAGCAGGGACUGACCAGAGAUCAGCGUGUGGGUCUCUGAGUAUCAGGACUGGCCAGGGUCAGCGUGUGGGUCUCUGGUAUCAGGGACUGGCCAGGGUCAGCGUGUGGGUCUCUGGUAUCAGGGACUGGCCAGGGUCAGGGUGUGGGUCUCUGGUAUCAGGGACUGACCAGGGUCAGCGUGUGGGUCUCUGGUAUCAGGGACUGGCCAGGGUCAGCGUGUGGGUCUCUGGUAUCAGGGACUGGCUGGCCAGGGUCAGCGUGUGGGUCUCUGGUAUCAGGGACUGGCCAGGGUCAGCGUGUGGGUCUCUGGUAUCAGGGACUGGCCAGGGUCAGCGUGUGGGUCUCUGGUAUCAGGGACUGGCUGGCCAGGGUCAGCGUGUGGGUCUCUGGUAUCAGGGACUGGCCAGGGUCAGCGUGUGGGUCUCUGGUAUCAGGGACUGGCCAGGGUCAGCGUGUGGGUCUCUGGUAUCAGGAACAGGCCAGGAUGAGGGUGUGGGUCUGUGGUAUCAGGGACUGGCCAGGGUCAGCGUGUGGGUCUGAGGGACUGGCCAGAGUCAGCGUGUGGGUCUGAGGGACUGGGCAGGGUCAGCGUGUGGGUCUGAGGGACUGGCCAGGGUCAGCGUGUGGGUCUGUGGGACUGGCCGGGGUCAGCGUGUGGGUCUGUGGGACUGGCCGGGGUCAGCGUGUGGGUCUGUGGGACUGGCCGGGGUCAGCGUGUGGGUCUGUGGGACUGGCAGGGGUCAGCGUGUGGGUCUGUGGGACUGACCGGGGUCAGCGUGUGGGACUGGCCAGGGUCAGCGUUUGGGUCUGUUGGACUGGCCAGGGUCAGCGUGUGGGUCUCUGGUAUCAGGAACUGGCCAGGGUGAGAGUGUGGGUCUCUGGUAUCAGGGACUGGCCAGGGUCAGCGUGUGGGUCUCUGGUAUCAGGAACUGGCCAGGAUGAGGGUGUGGGUCUGUGGUAUCAGGAACUGGCCAGGAUGAGGGUGUGGGUCUCUGGUAUCAGGGACUGGCCAGGGUCAGCGUGUGGGUCUCUGGUAUCAGGGACUGGCCAGGGUCAGUGUGUGGGUCUCUGGUAUCAGGGACUGGCCAGGGUCAGUGUGUGGGUCUCUGGUAUCAGGGACUGGCCAGGGUCAACAUGUGGGUCUGUGGGACUGGACAGGGUCAGCGUGUGGGUCUCUGCUAUCAGGGACUGGCUUGGGUUUAUUGCCAGUAUUCGAGGAUCAGUGUUCGAUACUUCGGUACCAUGGCAGUACUAAUUUUUUUUUUCACGAGUUAUUGACAUCCAGUUUUGUCAGAGAUAUACGUUUACAAACUAUUGCUGUUUCUGUCAAUAAUGAAGUAUAUAGAAUGCUAAUUUUCAAAAUCUUUUUGUUAUUGUUUUAAUCACAGUUUGUUCAUUAUUAGUGUAGUAAUUUAGUUCUUACUUGCGCUACUGGUACUUAAUUUUUGGAUUCAGAGUAGUGGUUCUUAAACGUUAUCUGUGUGGGGACCCCCUUUAAAUAAAUAAAAUAAAAUUUAAUAAUAAAAUAUAUAUUUUUCUUUCUUUAUUUUAUAUAUAUAUAUAUAUAUAUAUAUAUAUAUAUAUAUAUAUAUAUAUAUAUAUAUAUAUAUAUAUAUAUAUAUAUAUAUAUAUAUAUAUAUAUAUAUAUAUAUAUAUAUAUAUAUAUAUAUAUAUAUAUAUAUAUAUAUAUAUAUAUAUAUAUAUAUAUUAUUUUUUUUUUUUUUUUAAGGCGUCCCCACACGGAGAUAGAGAUUAUAUUAUAUUAUAUUAUAUUUCAAAUUGCCUCAAUUAAGCUAUUGUUAUUCCUAUUGGCAAUAUGUUACAUCCACGGGUCCACGUGUUUGGGUUUUUCUAUUUUCUUUUAUUACUCUGGAUUUUACAUCUCCAUUUCGUGCUUUCUCAUUAAAGAGGCAUUCCAGUCUUGUUGUGUUCAACUUUUUUUUUAUGCAUUAUGUAGGCAUUCCAUUAACCUAAAGAAAGUUAUUUGCCGUUACCUCGGAGACAUCAGAAUGAGACAACCCUUUCCUACACCUGGAAGAGGCUUUACAAAUCAGAACACUCUUAUUCUGUUCUAUGGGGUCUGCUCUUAUACAAUAGACAGCAGUCCAGUUUAGGAAUAUGGAGUUUAGGCUCCAUCUGCAGUACAUCUCAUCCAAUGUAUAUUCUUUAACAGGGUUCUCAUGAGACAAUCUGCAUCCAACAUGCCACCUCUACCCAUAAAAUGUUACUUUAUCUGAAUCAGCUGAAAACUGUAUUUGCUUUUCAGUGCAAAUAGAAAAAGCAUAUUUCUCUUUGACAUUACUGCAUUGGCUGAAUUUGCACCCCCUAGCCUCCGAUUCAUCUGUCCAAGUUACAGUACAAAUAUAAACAUAGCUUGAUGCCUUUGAAGCCAUUACAUAAGCAACUUUAUGGGAUCCAUUCAGGUCUGUACUGUUGCAAAGUGGGUAUCUUCUUCCACUACGAUGAAUAUACAAAAUUACAUUGAGGGUAUCUUGGAUCAUGAGACUUGUUAACUUUUCAGAUACCCCACUUAUGUUUGCAUGUAUUUAUCAUGUUGUCAACACUGUAUCUCCGUUGUUUAAUAUUCCACUCAGAAUCCCAAUGUAGUGAAAACAAAUCCACAAUAAUAUGCAAUGAUGGUCUCCGUGGAAGGAUGCACAAUCUAUUAUAGAGACGAUCCUCAGGGAUGUUGGUGUGGUUGCAAGCUUAUUUGAUAGAAUCAUUGCAUCACUUAUUUUGUAUAGUCUGGACACAAAGGCUAUUUGCAGUGGUGUGUGUCCUUGCUCAAUAAAAUGAUGUUCAAAAUUAAUAUUUUGGCUAUGCCAUUAAAAAUAAAAGAAGUAGGUGGAAGUAUGCAUGGGAUCACUCCUGAACAAACCUAAUUAAGCAGUGUAAUGUUACUGCAAUAAUAUCCAGUGGCAUUACAGGGAGAACAUAGUAAGUGUCUAUUAGUUUUUAAUGAGAUGCCAAAUUAAAUAAUAUGCUGACAUUUGUGAAGCAACAACAAUGCACAGGUUCUUUCAAUUGUCAAGAAAAUAAUUUUAAAAACAAACCGCAAAUGUGUGCCAUUAUAAUAUUAUCAGGUAUUGUACAGAUACAUAUAUUUUAAGUCAUGAACAAAAACUACCAUAUAAUUUCAUAUACUAAAACAAUAAAUAGAAACAUAGAAUGUGACGGCAGGGUUGCCCCCUACCUCCCCCCACUUUCACUGCUCAACUACUACCCUCCAGGAAUUACUAUUGCACAAAACACCUGCACCCACACCAGACUUGAGGACCAAACUCCCAUCCCCUAACCUAUUUCCCCUCUUUAAACACCCAGUUACGGAUCCCACACCUUUACAUUUGGUAUACAUUUUUUUCAUACAAGUAGAGGCAACAAUAACAUAACAUAACAUCAAUUCACCCGCUAACACCAAACCAGGGGCUGGGGAGACCAGUAAACACCAACACCCCGCACCUCUCCCCUUUAAUUAUAGACACCCCCGGGUAACCGCACACCCAAGAAUCUCAAGGGUACACACAAUACCACAUUGAUCUAGAGCCAUUUCCCUGACUGAGGGAGACCUACGAGUUCUGCUAAACAUACAGACACCUCAGGUGAAGGCACAUUGGGGAUCUCUAGUCAAACACUGAGACAAAACAGGACCACCUCCAAACAUGUGUCACGAUUAACACUACUAUACCUCUAGACCAAAUGUCAUGAUAAUGCCUAUAUGUCACGAACAUCAAAGCUAUACCCCCUUAAAAACUGAUAUACUACAGUUUUGACUGUCCAAAUUGGACAUACCCGAAUAUGAUGUAUCCAAAUACCUACAAAUAGUUAAAGGAUCACUAUAGGGUCAGGAAAACAAACAUGUACACUGUACUGAUGCAAUGUCUGUAACCAAUAUUCAAUAAAAUUUUGAAACUUAAAAAAUUUUCUAAAUACUUUCAUUAGUCCCUGGCCUUAUCUUAUAGCUAGGAUAGCCUUAUGCCUAUCCCAUGCAUGCUUAAACUUCUUCACUGUGUUAACCUCUACCACUUCAGCUGGAAGGCUAUUCCAUGCAUACACUACCCUCUCAGUGUAAUAGAAAUGCAAUAGUUCUUCCAGUGCCGCAAAAGAGUACUGUAUUAAACAGAGCCGUUUCUGCUCUAAAGGAUGUGAUUGCAUGUAUUUAAAUUCACUUACCAUUUUUAUUUUUACUUAAAACACUAUGCUGUUUUUAGGUUAUGGAAUUUUGCAAUACACUGAUCUGAAAUUAAGUUGUUGGUGGUUAAUCAAGUACUGCAUUGCCUUGAUUUCGAAAAGAAGCACAUAUUUUUUCUUUCUGUUUUCAUGUGGUGGUUGUCACUAUUGAGAAUGAAGCCUGUCCAUAGAGUCAGAAUGCAUCCAGCGUAUUUUUGCUCUUAAUUCUGUAUUCCUCUGUUUGUGCCUUUUUUUUUUUUUUGUUAUGAAAAUUCCUUUAAUAUGUUAUGGUACUGACUACCAGCCUUUUAUGGGUAGGGAACAUUUUGGAAAGUAAAUUGUGAGUUAAAGGAUGAGGACAAGUGGGAGCUUAUCAUGGUUCUAUUCUGUAGACUGUCCUCAAUUUCUCGACAGGUCUGAUUGCUCCUCCAUCACUUCCAUGUUAUCUGAAUUCUGCUGUACUCUUAAAGGACCACUAUAGUGCCAGGAAAACAAACUUGUUUUCCUGGCACUAUAGGGUCUUUGGGUCCCACUCCCGACUGGCUUAAGGGGGAGGAAGGGGUUAAAUUCUUACCUUUCUCCAGCGCCGGGCUCCCUCGGUGCUGUGGAGUCUCCUUCCUCUUCAGACAUCAUCCGCCUAGUGCGCGACAAGAGCUGCGCGCAUAAUCAAUCAGUCCAUAGGAAAGCAUUUCUCAAUGCUUUCCUAUGGACGUUGGCGUCUUCUCACUAUGAAAAUCAAAGUGAGAAGCGCUGAAGCGCCUCUAGCGGUGGUCAAUGAGACAGCCACUAGAGGCUGGAUUAACCCUAAUGUAAACAUAGCCGUUUCUCUGAAACGGCUAUGUUUCAGCUGCAGAGUUAAAACUAGAGGGACCUGGCACCCAGACCACUUCAUUGAGCUGAAGUGGUCUGGGUGCCUAUAGUGGUCCUUUAAUUAAGUCUAUUGCUGAGAGGGUUCCCACCAACUCUAAAAGAGUAGAGGGUGCUUCCUAGGCCUUUCAUGUUGAUACCCAUAAGAACCAACUAAAUGCUACUCUAUCAGUUCUUCCAGUUUUUUGCUUUGCUUUUUUUGUUUUUUUUUCAGUUCAAGUCACAUUUGACACAGAAGUGUACAGACAGUUUUUCUUGUCUAAACGCAUUUUAGCUUCCUUGCUAGAUAAAGGAAUCCUGGGCGAAUCAAGUCAUCGUUCCAUUUCAGAUUUCCUGAUUUUGAAGUUGAUCCUUUAUCAAAGGGAACAUUUUAAAUACAGACUUAUUCUCUGGGGUUCAAUUUACGUGAAGAAGGAAGAUUUUCUGGCAACUUGUUGAGAUGUAACAUGUCCUUCUGUAGAGCUGGUGAUGUGACAAGCCCAAAAUUUGAAAGAUCAUUUGUGUUUUGUAUAUUUCAGGUGGUGGCUCCAAUCCUUUCCAACAUCUGGAGAAAAGUGCAGUGCUUCAGGAGGUAAGAUGUUCCUUUGUGGCUAUUUGUAUGUUUUUUGUUAAAAAUUUACAGAAGCUGUGAGAAUAUGAACUACCCGUUCUACAGCUGAAGAUAAUCUUUCCAAACCCUCCAAGUGGAUGCCGUGCAGAUGGUCACUAAAAGGCAUGGCAUGAGAACCAGUGGUGUAUUUUGGAUCUGUGCUGCCCUAGGCAUGACGAAACUCUGGCACCCCUUAAUUUACAUUUGCCACACCUCUUCCUGUUAAAGACUAACACACACACUCUCAGAAACACUGACAUACACACUCUCAGAAACACUGACAUACACUCAGACACACUGACAUACACGCAUUCUCAGACACACUGACAUGCACGCACUCUCAGACACACUGACAUGCACGCACUCUCUGACACACGGACAUACACGCACUCUCUGACACACACACAAUCACUCAGAUACACAGGUGCCCUCACAGACACACACUCUCACUCAGACACACACUGACAGCGAGCCAGACACACACACACAUUCCACCCCACCCUCACAGAUUAUUUUUAAAUUUAAAGCCACCCAGCUUCCCUACCCAUUGGGAAAGCUGGGUGGAUUUUUUUUUUUUUUACCUGGGGUCCUGUGGGGCUGGUGGCCAGGCUGUUGUGGAAGACAGGCGUGCAGGCAGUUGGGCGGCUAGUUGAGGUCCAGGCGGGUGGCGAGGGAGCGCUGAUUUGUGAGUUCUCCCUGCUCAGCUCACUUGACGUCCUAUUCCGGCUCCCGGCAUCAUUCUGUGGCGCGCAAGGGAGCUGAGCAGAGAGAGCUCACAAAUCAGCGAUUCCUCGCCACCUGCCUGGAACUUAGCUAGCCGCCUGCCACCAGGCUAACAAGGUAUUUGCCAGAGCGGCGUUUUUUUUGUAACUUAUUUGUAUCUGGCUCAGUGGAAAGCCUUUCAUUUUAUCUGGGUCGAAGAAAAUGAUUCCCCUGUAGUGUCUUCAUUGUAUUUUGUUAUUAGUCAAUACAAUUGAGGCUGAGCUACAUUGGCAAGGAGAUAGAACAACCAGAAAGGUGGAUUUUGUUUAUAUUAUUAGAGGUUUUUUUGUUUUUUUUUUAUAAUUUGAGUGGUUUUAAGUAAGUCAACACGUAGAGUACAUGCAGUAAAUAUGCCAUCACAUUUAGUAGGAGGCAUUAGUACGAGUUUUAAAACCACAAAUUUUUUGUAUUUUAGUAGGUACAACUAGAGACAUUGCAUAACAUAAGGUUUAUAACAUGUGCAGUAGUAAACAUAUCACUUCUCUUAAAGGCAAGACUGAUCAGAUGCCAUAAAUGUUUGUAGAAAAUGUGCGAGAUGUGAGGAGGUAUAAAAGGACAUAUAACUAGGCAUAGUAAAAAAAAAACAUAUAAAAUACUAGAAAGCCUUAUAAAAUAUAUUUGCAUGCCAAAGAGUAAAAACACACUUGCAGGUGGUAAGCAUGUAGCCAAUGCUGCAGAUAGGCCACAUUGUGAAGCUUGCUCCAAGUCCACUCACAAGAUUGAGGACCUUGCCUCCUCUACCCCAUGCUUGAAAUAGAAGAGAAAUUGGUCUACAUAGACUGGCAUAUUGGUUCCCUAAUGUUCCACCUCUCCAAGUCCUGGUUUUAGUGAGAACCGGUGUUCUAUCAGUCUGCUAUACCCCGUCAGAUUGCUAUACCCACGUCACUUCCGGGGAGGGGAAUCAGCUGGAUCCUGUGCUGCACAUGCGUGCUAGCACUCCUGCUACUCCUCCACAGCAAGGUCCUGGAAGGUAUAGUUAGUGCAUUCACUAAGCUUAGGACAUGGGACAUUUUGGGUUAAUGUUAGGGUUCAAAUUAGGGUUAGGAUUAGGGACUUGUUCAUAUUUAGUGAUAUUUCACUUUAGGGGAAUAUCACUAAAUAGUGAUUUCUCACACUUUAUUUUAACCCUUACCCCAAGGGUUAGGGUAAGAAUAGAGUGUGAUAGAGGUUAGAAGCACUUACCUAACCCUAAUUUGUACCCUCACUUAACCCUAAAUGUCCUGUGUGCCUAAGCUUAGUGAAUGCACUAACUAUAAUGAAAGUGUAAAACUAGUUUUACUUACCUUCCAGGACCUUGCUGUGGAGGAGUAGCAGGAGUGCUAGCACGCAUGUGCAGCACAGGAUCCAGCUGAUUCCCCUCCCCGGAAGUGACGUGGGUAUAGCAAUCUGAUGGAGUAUAGCAGACUGAUAGAACACCGGCACCAAAAAGUCCACUGAUAUCUUAAAAGCUGUAUUUUGGUUAAAGGAACAGUCCAAACACCAUAACUGCUAUGGCCAGUAGUGGUUAUGGAGCCGGGAGGGCUUUGGCAUCGUUCCAGGAGUAGUGAGACCAUUUUCAAAUAGUUUGACAACUUACCUAUGGUCCACCGGGUGACUGUCACAGCCUCUUCCGUUAGCUCCUCUAAGCCCUGCCUUAUAUGGCUGGCUCAUUCGCUGAGCUUUCUCGGCUAAUGAGCAAAGCAGUGCACCACGAUUCUUAUCCCAGUGCUGGGAACUUUAGUGGCAGAAGAGAAGACACCCAGUAAAAUCUGUCCGUGUUUGCAAAUGGUUUUACAACUAAUUCUGGGAGUGUACCAUAGCACUAUUGUAACCAUAUCCACUACUGUGAGCUGUUUUGCAGUUCACCAACACAUUUUCAUACUCUAUUUAAGACCGUAAUAUAUUUUUGUUUUAUUCUUAGGCUCGAUUGUUUAACGAAACUCCCAUUAACCCUCGAAAAUGUGCUCACAUCUUGACGAAGAUACUAUAUUUGAUAAACCAGGUAUAUUCAUUUUAUAAUUUGUUUAUAUACAGUUUUCAUGUUACAGCUUUUUACCUCUAUUUGUUACCUCUGUUGUCAGGUGUUUGGUUUUACACAAGCAACUAUAUAUACACGGUUUGUAGCAUUAUAGCCACAUAUAGACUGAUUAUAAACUUUGCAAAUGUUGAUGGGCAGGCAUUUUGAGCAAAUAUGAAUGUUUCAUGUGCUCCUUUUUUUCUUUUUUGUCCUGAAAGUACUAGUAUUGGGCUCUCUAAUUCAGAGUUAAAUAGGUAAACUCUCAUGCAACACACUGUGCAGACAGAAAGUCCUUUAUUUUAUUUUGUAAAAAUGUUUUUUCUAUUCCUGUCCUCUAGGGGGAGCAUAUGGGUGCCACAGAAGCAACAGAAGCAUUCUUUGCUAUGACCAAGCUUUUUCAAUCAAAUGAUGUAAGUGCGUUGAAUCACACAUUGUAAUAGCAAAUUAUAAAAAAAAAAAAAGGAAAAUGAAACAUUAACAAUCAAGAUAAAUGCAGUAUGUAAUUAUAAAGAAUAGACAAAUGAAAACAUGGUACCAACAUUAACAAAUAUGUUCUUUCUUUUACCUGGCAGCCGACACUUCGAAGGAUGUGCUACCUCACUAUAAAGGAGAUGGCCAGUAUUUCUGAGGAUGUGAUCAUUGUCACCAGUAGGUGAGUUAGCAGAUGGAUAUCUGUAUAGCCUUGGCUUGAGAGAAACAAAAUUCACAUUUGGUUAUUCCAAAUGAAAUACAGCUGUCAUUGACUGACAGGGGAAGAUUGUAUUAAAGUGAAGCAAAUAUUGUGAAAAUCAGUGGAAGUAUUCAGUUGGUUUCCCUAACAAUUGUUUACAGAAUAUUCCCCCAUUUUUAUGUUAAUAACAUUUUUCUAAAUAUCUUCUAAUUAAUUCAUUGAAGUCACAUUAUAUCUCUGUUUACAUGUGCCUUUGUAGACCAUUGCAAAUUGUCUUCCACUGUAUGCAGAGAUUCUGUAUAUUCUGUUUGAAUAUGCUUCAAUUACAAUAUGUCAUAUAUUUAGAAACUUUCUGCUUGAUUCUAUUUUCAUUUAAAUGUGUGCCUUAUAAUUGUGGCAGUAUUCCAUAUAAUGUAGUGGGAUGAUAAAUCCCAAAGACUAAAAAUAAAUCAGAUUAUUUGAAUGUCUGACAUGCAACCACAAUGAUAAAUAAUAAUAAAUAAAAUGUUCUGAACAUUAUUAGAAAUGAUUGAUACAAAAUAUGGAAUGUUUGUUUUAAAUAUUUUUAUGCAAAAACAAAGCUAAACAUGGUUACAUUUUCUUAGCUAUAUUUGAUAAUACAUUUUACGCUGUCCUUUAGAAAAAACAAAACAAAAACCCUGCAAUAAAUGUUAUUUUCCAGUUUAACCAAAGAUAUGACGGGGAAGGAUGACAGUUACAGAGGACCAGCCGUGAGAGCAUUGUGUAAAAUCACUGAUGUAAGUUUCAUAUAAGCUUUGUUACUUACUUACUGUAUAGUAGAUGGCUGCAUCUCAGAGAUUGAGAUUAUUAGCGUUCAUAAAACAAUACCUUUAAGACACUCCCCCCAGUACUUCUUGAUUUGUUUUAGAGUCGUUUAAUCUGUCUAAAUUGAUACAGUAUGAGAAAGCAUGUCAUAGUAUAACUUUAUCUAGUUUGCAAACUUUAAUAUGACAGUGUAUUUUGAAACGGAUUUCAAGUUUAAUUUAUUGAAAUAAUACCAUACACACAAUGUAGUCUGUGUUCCUUUAUAUUACAAAAGUUACAACUCAUUAUUAUUUAUUACUAGUAUUUUACUUUGAGAUUCGGCUACAAAUGUAUCGCAGUUGUAUCACUUUUAACAGAAGCCAGUUGCAGUGUUUGAGUUCUAAACUAUUCCAGUGUUUCUAUGUAUUUUAGGAGUGCCUGUCGCUUCUAUUUCAUGCAUGAAAACACUUGCAUGAUUUAAUAGAAGCAACCAAGCUUUUUUUAAAGCUCAGUAGAAACCCCAGGGUUUAAACCUCUGCACAACAGAGGCUAAAGGGAUCCAUAAAACCUCUAUUGAAAGCAUUGGAGAACCAAGAUUAGCAAAAAAGGUACCUCCCCUAUUUCCUGAUUUCUCGACAUGGCUCUGAAAAUGGAGCAAAUCAUGAGAUUUUGCUGCAAACCGAAAACUAGAAGAGACAAUAUUAAUUAUUUAUGAGAUUAUUUUGGAUUUGCGAGGUUUGAUUCAUUAAACAAUCUCCAGCUUGGCAUAUUUAUUUAUAUAUAUAUAUGUUGAAUUCUUAUAUUCUUCAUCUAAUGGAGAUUCUAAACUAUUUGUAGCUUUUAUGUGUGAUAUGGAGUUAUGCUGAUAUAAUCUUUUGUCUCUGUUCUAGGAGCACUCCAGCUUUAUUAUGUAGGCUCAGGGCAGUGCUCGCCAUUUCGCAGUUGCUUGCAAUUAAUGAUUUUGCAAACUGGGAAAAUGUACUUGUACUAAUGCCUUCUGAAUUCUUAGAAGUGCGCAAUAGAUAUCCUACAUAACUAUGUGUUUUUUAAGCUGUAGGGGACUGGUCACUUUAAAUAAUUGAUGUUUAUGCUUGCUUUAGAGUACUAUGCUGCAGGCUAUUGAACGCUACAUGAAACAGGCCAUAGUGGACAAAGUGUCUAGUGUAUCCAGCUCUGCCCUGGUAUCUUCGCUGGUGGGUAUAUAGGUGUUAUUUAAAGAAAAUGUUAUAUUUUGAAAUUUAUAUUAAAAUAUUUAACACUUUCCCUAACUACCUCAAUGUAGCUUGCCUAACUCAGUGUGUAUAAUUAUAGAUUUAGAUUUUCAUUUUAAGAGCUAUAUAGAAAAUGUGUGUCCAAUAACAUGUUGUAUCAUCCUUUUAGAUGUCUAGUGGUUGUGUUUGGUACUACUAGUCAAGAAAAACAUGUUCUCCCCCUCCCGAUACCUUCAAUUAGAACAGCCAUCCCUAGCCAACCCAUUGACAGUAAAUCUUUAUAUAAUGAGACAGAAAUUUGCAUACCCUGAUUUUGUGAUAUUUUCUAGUCAUUCUCCAAUACCUCUAUGCUUGACUUAAAAUGCUUCAUCCACUUUCUGGACCCAGCAAAAUAGGGAUAUUUUUAAUAAACCUUGUUUGUUCUGGUGUUUUGUUUUUGUUGUGCGUUUUUUUGUUUUAAUUUUGUAAUUGAUUGCUUGGCUCUUGACCCACAGCACCUACUGAAGACCAGCUUUGACGUUGUCAAGCGCUGGGUGAAUGAGGCUCAAGAAGCUGCUUCAAGUGAUAAUAUCAUGGUGCAGGUACUGACAGACCUCUUCCAGGCCACUUGAUUUAAGUAGAUGUAUUUAUUUUUUGGAAUGACUUUAAGUGGAGCACCUUCUGAUUUGUCAAAUUGGCCCUUCUCUUUUAGUAUCAUGCCCUGGGACUGCUGUAUCAUGUGCGCAAGAAUGACCGACUAUCUGUCAAUAAGAUGCUGAGCAAAUUCAUGCGCCAUGGUCUGAAGUCUCCUUUUGCCUACUGCAUGUUGAUCCGGGUGGCAAGCAAGCUCUUGGAGGAAGAAGAUGGAAAGUAAGUAAGAUAAGGAACUUGCCAUGAUACUUGCAGCAUUAAUUCUUUGCAUGACAACAUCCUAAUUAGUUGUUUAUUGGUAUUGCCAAUUGAUGUCCAAGAUUAUUUCACAACACAUUUUGUUUGUUAAUUUGUAUUUAUUUUCCUUUUAAGUCGGGACAGCCCUCUAUUUGACUUUAUUGAAAGCUGUCUGAGAAACAAGCAUGAAAUGGUUGUAUAUGAAGCCGCAUCCGCCAUUGUGAAUCUGCCUUCUUGCACUGCUAAAGAACUUGCUCCUGCCGUGGCUGGUGAGUCCCACUUGCAGUUAGUUAUUAGUGCAGCUACUUGCACAAGCAUACAAUAACUGCUUAUAAGAUGUGUGUUUUAAUAUGCACAAGCAUGCUUUUACUAUCUGUAUGUAAAACAUUUUGGAUUUUCUUUUGUGUAGUGUUACAGCUGUUUUGCAGUUCUCCUAAAGCUGCUCUUCGUUACGCUGCAGUGCGAACACUCAAUAAGGUACUGUAAUCUUUGUGUGAGAUUUAAUAGCAUCAUCAAUGUUCCAGUUACGAGACUAGUUGGCUAUUUUUUCUAGUAUUAAACGAUGAAUAAUUGUAAAUGUCUGUCCCAAGUAGGGCUAUUAUAGUCUUGCAUGCCUCCUGAUUUAGUGAGAUUCAGACCCAACUUUGGGCUUCUAUCUCAGGUUUGUUUCCUUGUAGUGCCAAAGUAGUUAUGACCGUUUCAUUUAUUUUAUUUAUUUUUUUGCAUCAGAAUUACUGUUUGCAAAAUAAGCAGGUUUUCCAUCCCUUUUCAGCUGUUUUUAUAUGGAGACCAGGUAUUGGCUGAAAUAUCUGUUUACUAAAUCAUAUAUGGGGAAAAAGAGCUUAAGAACAUGGAGUGAUUUAUUUUCCUGCAUUACAUUGGUAAAAGAACUGUAGAAAUGGUGGCAAAAUACAUUUGAAGGCAUAUUUUAAUCUUGUAAUUGCAUUUGCUUAAAGGUGGCCAUGAAACAUCCAUCAGCUGUAACUGCCUGCAACCUGGACCUAGAGAACCUGGUGACAGACUCUAACCGGAGCAUUGCUACCUUGGCCAUUACUACCUUGCUAAAGACGGGAAGUGAGAGCAGCAUCGACCGGCUCAUGAAACAGAUCUCUUCCUUCAUGUCUGAAAUCUCAGAUGAGUUUAAGGUCUGAACUAGCCAUAUGAGUAACCUAGCCUUUCUAGUUCUAGAUGGAGGGCAUCCUAGAACAUAUUCUAUAUUCCGCAGUGCUUUACAAUUAUAGAAUGGGGAUAUUUUGACAACAAGUAAUUUUACAUAUGGAAUAUAACAUACAAGAGAUGAAGAAGGCAAAUCUUUCUGCCGUCAAUAUGGUUAAAUAUUAACAUUAAGACUGCAGAAGCUAAUUCAUUGUGGAAGUCAAUUUUAUGUAUCUGUCAGCCAGUCCUGGACAACAUUCACAUUGUGGGACUUGACGUUUAUCUCCAGCGGUACACAUAUUUGCUGAUUACCCAGAAAUAGCUAAACAAUUUUAAUAUAAUGGCACCAGUCCUAUACAUAAGGGUCUAAGUCUCCGUUCACUGCUGAAUUCUCAUGUCUUUUUAUUACACAGGUGGUAGUCGUUCAGGCAAUCAGUGCUCUGUGCCACAAAUACCCCCGUAAGCACUCAGUCAUGAUGAAUUUCCUGUUCACUAUGCUGCGGGAAGAGGUAAGUCAAGAUACAUAGUAAGAUCAUCUGUUACUAAUAAACAGUUAAUGUUCAGUGUGCAAAACAGUUCUGAAGAGAAUAUAUGUGUUUCUUAUCUAAUUUAACUUGCUGUGUUGGAGGCUGAUCUUUCUGGACUGAAAACAUUUUUUUCUUCCCCCAGGGAGGGUUUGAUUAUAAGCGAGCGAUUGUUGACUGCAUCAUUAGUAUUAUUGAGGAGAACCCUGAAAGCAAAGAGACUGGUCUGUCCCACCUGUGUGAAUUCAUUGAGGACUGUGAAUUCACUGUUCUUGCUACUCGAAUCCUGCACCUCCUGGGACAGGAAGGCCCAAGGACCAACAACCCUUCCAAGUACAUCCGCUUUAUCUACAAUCGGGUUAUCCUGGAGAAUGAGGAAGUGCGAGCAGGUAGGUCUUCCAACUGUUUAGAUUACAUUUUUUUUUUUCCCCUCUUCUCAUACUCAAAUGGAAACUGUUUCUCCUAUAUAUCUAAACUUGACUUUGCUGCUCAUUGUUGUAUCUAUCACAAAACUCCUUUUUGCCUGCCAGGUGCUGUGAGUGCCUUGGCCAAAUUUGGUGCGCAGAAUGAAGACAUGUUACCCAGUAUCUUGGUGCUAUUGAGAAGGUAAGCAAUGAAGCAACUGAUUUAAUUUGUUCUUUUAAAGCCUCUUUAUUAAAGGUUAUAACAUAGAUAUAUAACUAUGUAAAUCUGCAAUGGUCGUAUCCAAAUAUUAUUAUAAUUCCAUAGCAGAUGGAAUUGUACCUAGUAAAAGCAUGUUAAUAGACCACAUCUUAAAAAAUACUAGAUUACCAUAAACUCCAAUUAAAAAACAAGUAGUUGAAAUAAUUCUAAUAUCCUAGAACCAUAGGCAACUACAGGAAUCUGUAAUGACUAGCAGCUCUGUAUAGUAUAUCUGUGUUUAACCUUUUUUAAUAUUUAAAAAAUAAUAAUAAUUAAGGUGGGGGGGGAGGGAAGAAGGGAGAAUACGGUUGUAAAAUUAUAUGGCAAUUAAUUGAAGUACAAAUGAGGAGAGCAAAAGUAAGAAUUAAACAACAAUCAGAAAACAAUUAAAUUCCUAUCACACCUAGAAAGUGUAUCGGAAACACUGGGAUAAGUAUAUUUUUAUAAACCUGGGAAAGCAUAUCUUGACUAGAGGAACCAAAUCUUCACUGUUCGCUCCUCCGUGGAUUUCAUGUCAUGUCUGAUUUUGUUACCUAAGUGCUUAGUCUGGUAUUGAGUCUUUUUUGAUCUUUUUGCAAAACAAAGCAGUUCAUAUGCAAGGUCUGUUUAAAAGAUUUUAGUGAAGAAAUGGGGGCCAAGCAUAUUAAAGGACCACUCUAGGCACCCAGACCACUUCAGCUUAAUGAAGUGGUCUGGGUGCCAGGUCCAGCUAGGAUUAACCCUUUUUUUUAUAAACAUAGCAGUUUCAGAGAAACUAUGUUUAUACUGAGGGUUAAUCCAGCCUCCAGAGCCUCUAGUGGCUGUCUCAUUGACAGCCACUAGAGGCGCUUGCGUGCUUCUCACUUUGAAAAUCACAGUGAGAGCACGCAAGCGUCCAUAGGAAAGCAUUGUAAAUCCAGCGCCGGGCGGGGAGCUCUACUCCUCCUCUCCUCCUCGCGAGCAAGGAGGAGAGGAGGAGUAGAGCUCCCCGCCCGGCGCUGGAGAAAGGUAAGUGUUUAACCCCUUCCUCUCCCCAGAGCCGGGCGGGAGGGGGACCCUGAGGGUGGGGGCACCCUCAGGGCACUUUAGUGCCAGGAAAACAAGUAUGUUUUCCUGGCACUAUAGUGGUCCUUUAAUAUGUACCCUGCAUGCCAGUGUUUUACUGCUGUCAGGACUAUAUACUGAAAUUCCACUUCAGGGACAUUAGUAUAGCUAUAAGAAAAUUAAAUCAGAGUGUGUACAUUUCAAAUCAUUAUGCUGUUCCCUGUUGACUGACUCAUUUCUACAUCAGCACUUAAACCACUUGUGUUCUUCAAAUAGAACGAUAAUGUUUUGGGUGUUUAAUGAGCGAGAUCCUCCAUGCCUGAAUUUUUCCCAAUCAUAUUAGCCAUUGUUGAAAUGUUGAAGCUUUGGUUUUCUUCCAGAGGACAGAGAUAAAAGAUGUAGCUGUAUUCAGUAAAUGUUUAGAAAGGGGAUUUUUUUUUUCUUUAAAGUUUAGCAGCAUAGUAGCAAGUUGAAAUUAUACUUUUUGUUAUUUUGUAUUAUUUAAAUCUAAUAGUUAUGUAUUCUGUGGUUUUAAAGGUGUGUGAUGGAUGAUGAUAAUGAAGUAAGGGAUCGAGCUACAUUUUAUUUGAACAUUUUAGAGCACAGACAGAAGGCUCUGAAUUCCUCCUACAUCCUUAAUGGUAAGCCUGUGGACACUACAACCCAGUUCCAACAUAUCAGUUUCAUAUUACCGAGCCAAUGGAAUAUUGUUACGAGCAGAUAUGAUUAACCCACUUCCUUGUGUAUAGGGAUCUCGGUGUCUAUCCCUGGGUUGGAAAGAGCUUUGCAACAGUAUACCCUGGAGCCAUCUGAAAAACCAUUUGACCUAAAAUCUGUUCCUUUGGCAACUGCACCAGUCUCUGAACAAAGGAUAGGUAUGUAGUUAUAUCUUCACUUGCUGAAGUGGGUUAUCACACGUCCUUCGGGUUGCCCUAAUAUGGAAAAUGUCUUGUGUUUCUUUUCUUGUUAUAUCUAUACUAGCGGUUAUGUCUAUUGCCCUAGGUACAUGGCUACCUCAGUCAUUCAUGUGCCUAGAUUCACUCCUCUCAUAUGAAUUUUACCUAAUCUAUUUAAAUUGGUGUGAGUUUUAUAUUGCACUAGUUCUUUUACUUUGGUGGGAUAUGUUUAAAAGGUGUUUUACUGUAUCUUUUGUAACUGCCUUACUUACUAAACAUCUGACGAAUGGCAACAGAAAACUAUCCAUAACAUGUCUGGGGGAAUGGUGGUUAAAUAUAUUAGCAACUUUAUCUGUAUAAAUCAUAUGUAUAAAUAAACACAUCUAGUAGAUAUUUCACACUAUGUUAACAGCGUGUUUCAUGUCUUAUCAGAAAAUCUGCCAAUCACAGCUGUCCGGCAGCCUGAGAAAGUGGUAUCUACAAGGCAGGAUAUUUUCCAAGGUGAGUUGCAUAAAUCUGAGCAUCACUUUACUUAUACAUAUUGCAUUGUAAGUGGUGGGGAGCAUACUAUUUAUAUGUGUAAAGUGUUAAAAGCUGUGGCAGAAGUUAAUUUUGGUAUAAAUUGUAUUUUCUUUUUCAGAGCAACUUGCUGCUGUUUCAGAAUUCAAAGAUCUUGGCCCCCUGUUUAAGUCUUCUUCAGAACCUGUUGCGCUUACUGAAUCUGAGACAGAGUAUGUUGUCCGAUGUACUAAGCACACGUUUGCUAAUCAUUUGGUGUUCCAGGUGAGUUUUAUUGUGUUAGAUCAGAGGAAACAACCAUACUGAAUGCCAUCUCUGAAUAAAAAAAUAAACUUUUAUUGUAAAAAUUCUAUUCUUCACCUGAAGCAGGAAUGACUAUCACACCUUGCCCAACACACCAUCACAUAGCUUGUAGCUUAAUGUGAGCUCCGCAUGCCUUGUUAAAUUAUAUAAUGAAUGGUUUAUUUCUGUUCUCUAGUUUGAUUGCACCAACACACUCAAUGAUCAGAUCCUGGAAAAUGUAAUCGUGCAGAUGGAACCUACCGAGGGAUAUGAAGUAAUCUGUUGUGUGCCAGCUAAAACUCUGUCCUAUAACCAUCCUGGCACAUGCUACACUUUAGUGUCUGUACCUGAAGAUGACCCAGCAGCAUGUAUGUAUCUACUCUAAACAUGUUUUGGGUGAAAAGGUGGAACUUUCCUCAGGUCUUCAGACUUCUGGUUUAUCUAUAAAAAUGAGUGUAACUGAAUAUUAUUAAAUUAGAAGAGAUACAUUGUGUUUCAGAGAUAAAUGAUGCUUUUGGUUAGGUGUUCUUUGAAAAAAACACUUAACAGUGGGUGAUUUGCCACUGGAGGAAGAAAGACCUACAUGUGCAUCAGCUGUGAUUGCUUUAUUUAUAGUUUUUGCCUUUACGCUGGGCACAUAUACUUGUAUGCUAAAGAUUACAUAUAAGAACAAAAUAUAACCAGCAAAUAAAAGAAAACAUUUAAUUUGAUUCAUUUAUUUUUGUAGUUUGAGUUGUCCAUUUUAAAUUCCUUAGCAAAGCCUUGAUAUUCCCAGUCUAAAGAUAAGCUGUUAUUUACAGCUCCAUGCUCUUCUGUAUUUGCUUUGUCCCAUUAGAAAAAAAAAAGUUGUUGUCAAAUGAUUUAACCAGCAAGUGAGAAAAUACAUAACCUGAUAAAAAAAGUAGAAGCAGAUCCAUAGGCAUAACACCAAGUAACAUCUUGAAUGUUUGUUUAUUUUCUGCAGAAUUAUUUUUUGUCAUUCUAACCAAAUGGCAGUUUGUCUGUUUUCUCAAAUGUGUGUGCCAUUGUAUAUGUUAGUCCCAUAUACACUGUUACAUUCCUCAUUUGUGUGAUGUCUUUUAAAUGCAUCAUCAAUCAAUCAUUUUAAAGAAUUAACAUUAGAUUUUCUUUUUCUCAGUUUCCUGUACUUUCAGUUGUUUAUUGAAAUUCACAGUCAAGGAUUGUGAUCCGAACACUGGGGAAGCCGAAGAGGAAGGCUAUGAGGAUGAAUAUGUGGUAAGGCAGAUAGCGGAAAAUGUGUGAAAACCAAAGCGAUUUUCAAAUCUCAGACCAAUACUUGAACUAAAAACAUUGCUGGUUUGAAGAUGUUUUUAAAUUCAGCUAUUCUGGCCUAAAAUUUGAAAUUAACCAUCAAUUCCUUACAAUUCACUUUUACCGAGUAAUCUUGUUGAGCUCUAACACAUACCUAUGUUUUGCCUUCACUUUUUUGUGUUUAAGUUUGGACACCGUCCGUCCUUUAUUAUACCAAUGACUGUGCAAGGAGUUGCUUUGUGUCCAAUCUGUUAUUUUGCUAUUAAAAACAAUGUUAUUUUACUCAUAGCUUGAGGACAUCGAGGUGACUGUAGCAGACCACAUACAGAAAGUUCUCAAACCUAACUUUAGCGCUGCCUGGGAUGAAGUGGGGGAUGAUUUUGAGAAAGAAGAAACCUUUAACCUAGCAACCAUAAAAACAUUAGAAGGUGAGCAUUUCUCUGCAAGUAUUUUUAUUUAUUUUUGUGGGUACAUAGUCUCUGAAGACAAUACCCAAUUAACAUAUAAAGGUGAUUUUAGCUGUCACAUUGAGUUUAACUCUGGUAUGCUAACUUGAACAAGCUCUGUGUGAUUUUAAUAUAAAAAUGAGUCAUGUAAAUGCAGUUAAAUUCCUUGUGUCUGAAACCCAAGUUACUUUUACAAAUUAAAAUAAUAUGUAAUGUAUUAGAAUUCACCUGCAAUGCCAAAAUUAAGUGGUGACUUUUUUUUUUUUUUUUUUUUGAGCAGUAACUUGUCCAGGAGAAAUGGCUAGCAAAUGUAUAGGUACCAAUUUUGUUUUGCCAAAAAACUUCAUACAUAGACAAAAAUAAUAGCUUUGGGGGCGGAGCCAAGCUGCAGAGCAGACAGGUCGCAUAGCACUAUUUAAACUUAAAAUACCCUAAUUGGACCUCUAAAAACCCGUCCAAAACGGCUAUAAACCUAGGCCACAGCAGAGGAAUCGACAUGGGAAGCAAAAAUAAGAAACAAAAGCCUGAACAGCCCAGACUUGGCCUCGAUAUCGGAGCCAUGUGGAAGCAGGCGUACGGAGCGACUGGGCCCAAAAUGGCCGACCACCCACCUGUCGGAUGAUUUCUCCCAGGGGGAGGACGCAUAUACCCCACCCCCGGCCAACCGGCACCAACUACCAAGCCUCUGAACCCCGAUGAUGCACCUGUCACAACAGCGGUGCUCAAGGCGCUGCUGGCAGGCUUACAGACCAUGCUUCAAGCGGAAAAGGCGGGCCUCCGCACAGACCUCCAGGGCAUAACCGGGAGACUGGGCAACCUGGAAGACACCACAGCGGCCCACAUUACCUCCAUGCAACAGGAGAUAAAGGGGUUACAGAGCAAAACGGAGGCAUAUGAGCGGCGAUUCGCCACACUAGAGGACACACGUUGAGCGACUAACUUAAAGGUACGGGGUAUACCUGAAACUAUGCCGGCGGAGGAACUACCGCACUUUGUGCGACGACUCCUGGCAGCAUUACUACCAAAAAGGCAAGCCAAAGCCAUAAGCGUAGAUGGUGUCCAUAGAAUCCCUAAACCAGCCAAAGCCCCAACAGCGGCUACCAAAGAUACCAUAAUCCGCUUUCAGCAGAGCGAGGACAGAGCGGCAAUUAUGGCAGCAGAAAGAAAUCAUGCCCAAUACUCUUUCGAAUCCAUGUCACUCACUUUUUUCACUGACUUAUCUGGCAGUACCUAGGCAUUGAGGAGAUCACUUAAGCCAAUCACUACUCUCCUCCAGCAGCGAGGCAUAACAUACAGAUGGCGCCCCAACCGCUCCAUGCUGGUAACAAAGGGCGAGACCACCCACGAGGUUCACAACCUGCAAGGAGCACAGGACUUACUACCCAAGCUGGGCCUGCCUCAAGAUGCCAUGCACCCCACGGUACAACCCGAGACCACCAAACCAUGAUACAGGUGGGACCCUGAAAAGGCGAAAACCUUUGUCCUGUGACGUCCUGGACACGGCUCCCCUGCAGACAACCCACCGUGAAAGCUCCCAGAGACAUAAAAAUCACGACAAGUUCGUGGCCGGGACUGGCUGACCAAACCACAAUAGUGGUGACUCACCGCGGUUAUCUGGUUAUUUUGUUAGCAUGUUUAGCCUACUCUACCAGUGUUGCCUAAUGCUAUAUUACGUAGCCUAUCCCUAUUGCCACACAUACUGAUGAUGCCAGCCACCCACACGUAACACACUUACGCUUCUGCCACCAACCCGAUCAAUAACCUCUCCCACCCCUCCCUCCCCCCUCCCGUCUGCCCUAAGGGGAAACCAGACUAUAUCUUCUCCCAAACAGAGGACAGACGGGUGUAUUUUACACCCAGCAACCAGAUACUUCACAAGCCACACACUCACCUACACGGCCACAACGGGGAAAAUACACCCCCUUACGACGCAAUACAUUACCUCACUCAGCCUUACAAGUUCUGAUUAGAUUAAGACAAGCAGUGUGGGGUACACUGUAUGGCACAUACACAGACUCUACAAACUCUACCACUCAGCAUGCCACACAUCAAGUAUCAAUUGGUCACUCAACGGCCACUUUCAUACUCAAAUAUCAAGCACAUGUGUCACCUUACUGAUGUUAUUACUCAUCUGCUUAACUAUGUGUACAUAUUUUCUUUAUUCGAUCUACAUGUCACUAGCCUGGUACCUCUACUAAAUAUAAACGGUGCAAAUCUACCUAACCAAGCCUGUCUAAAACAUAAAAUUGUGCCUGUUACUCCUAAGCCCUGCAUGUUAAGCAAGGAAAUGACUGAGGACUGCUUUCGAGGCACCUCAGAAUUGCAUGUACCACUCUUAUGCACUGCAAAAAUAAAGAAUAAAAAAAAAAUAGCUUCAGUGCCGGAUCACUCUGUCAUCAGCAGAGAGUUUGAUUAUAAACUACAUUUAACCUAUACAUUUUCUAAUGAUUUGCUCUUGUGCAAUGCAUGAUAAAUGCAUAGUUAGACUGCAUAACUUAAUUGAAUUGAACAUUGUCAUUCACACAUUCGUGAGAAGAACUUUCUAGCUCCCUGUCUACCUAUGUCUGUUGCACCGUCAUAGUGGUGUAGAAGGUGAUAUUCUACAUCUAGAGGGGAGUGGGACUGUAUUGAUUUCAGUUUUAACCAGAAUACACUAUAUUAACAAAGUUCAGAGAACUGUGGAGUAGAUCUCCCAUUCUGAAAAUUUGUAGACAUGUUUCCCACCGAUUUUUCUGUGCAUCAAGUAGGAUUCUGCUUGGGGUCUUAUGUGUGAUAUCUGAAGCAGAGGCAAGAUAUGCCUCGGAAAUCCAGGGGAAAAUAGGUCUACUAACUUGUCUGAGAUUUGUCUUCACGUAACAAACUAUUGAUGUCUGUCUUGGUGACAGUAGCAGAAUAAAGCAGGAAAUGUUUUUGAAAGGAAGAGAAAGUCAGUAAAGACUGGUUUAUUAGUAGAGUUUGAAUGACCUUGGGAUUUAAAUUUUGUGUAAAAGAUAGGGUGACACAAUGAAAUGUGAUGAAGGUAAAAUAAACACAAGGUAGGUAUACUAUAUUAAUUGGUGCAAAAAUAUGAACUCAAAGGGUUCGUUCACAAACAUUAUUUUCUUCCAGAUUUAACAAAGUCUGUGUUUCCAGCUAGGUUACUUAAAAAAAAAAAAUAAAAAAAAAUUUUGAUUGAAUAUUUGCAAUUCCCUUGUCACUUUUCUAUGACUGUAUAAACCAGUGUGUUGUUGCAUUUUCCUUGUGCAAGAUGAUAGAAUCACUUGGCUAAUGUUUCUAAAUACUGUUUUGUAAACAGAAGCUGUUGGUAAUGUAAUUAAAUUCCUCGGAAUGCAGCCCUGUGAGCGAUCAGAUAAAGUGCCAGAAAACAAGAAUGCCCACACGCUUUAUCUGGCGGGUAAGUCAAUAUUCAUGUUACAGUUUAAUAAUCUUUUAUCUGGCAUCCUUGCUGUGUAAUUAACAGAAAUCUGUGACCAUUUUAAAAAUUAAUUUAUUUACCUAUUUUGGGGUGGAUGGCUUGGCAUGUCUAAGAUCUGUGUGUUUUCCGUAGAGGGAUAUUUGCAGUACAGAAUCUUCUUCUUAGUCAUUUACAUGGACACAGCACAGUUCACCACAGCUACGUUGUAUAAAUAGAUAAAUAUUGCAGACUGGGCCUCUUGUAUUGUGCGUGUCCACUUUGAAAAGCUCACUCUAGAAUCUAAACCUAUGCUGAUUUGCAGUAAAUACGUGAACUUCAAAUUGGAGUGUUUUUAUUUUCCAUAUGUUUGUAAUUGAACCAGUGGCUGUCAGCUUGUCGGAAUCAAAACAAAAUUACUUGCCAUGUAUUUCAUUGUUGUUAGUGAAUUUGUAUUGUCUAGAGCCCAAUGAAAGAUAUGCAUGUUUGUGGAAUAAAUUAAUGAAAUAGUUGUUUGGUGUCCAUCUGUAAGUAACUGUGGUCCAUGCUGUCAACUUACUAAGAGUAUUUUAUAGGAUCCCAGCUCCAUCAAGCAGUCUGAUACAAAAGGAGAGAGUCCAGUGCCCAAAAUUUCCACUUUUAGGUUUUUCUAUUUGUGUAUUAAACUUUUGUUUGACAUCCUUCAGGCUUUUUAAAGCACAGAGCAAUAGAACCAAAGUUUGUCUCCGUUUGCUUCAUAGUGUGUAUCUUAUUUUUUACAGGUGUAUUUAGAGGUGGACAUGACAUCCUUGUUCGCGCCAAAUUAGUCCUCACUGACACAGUAACAAUGCAAGUUACAGCACGCAGCAAAGAAGAACUUCCUGUGGAUGUCAUUUUGGCUUCUGUAGGUUAA